ACCAUCUCUUCUUCUUCUUCUCCUGGAUAACUCCCACCGUCUUCUUCAACCCAAUCACAGCCCCCUCCUCCCCACCCCCGCCGCCCCUCCCCUCCUUUUUUUUAAUACAUCCUAGUAGCCGAUUUCAAACUUCAAGUGAAAAGGCUUGAUUUCCAUCAAUGGAAUCAUCUCAAUCCAUCCCUAACCUUCCCUUGUUUUUCUCCAUGUUUUUCUUCAUCUACCUCAUGGCAUACUUCCUUGUGUUUCGUAACUGGAGCCCCAAGAUCCGACCCGAGGCUUGCAGCUGCUUAAUCUCAAUUUUCCACGGCACUCCGGCUGUUUUCUUGGCCACCCACGCCAUACUCUCCGACCCACAUCGUGGGUUUGCUUCCCCCAAUACAAAGACUCAAGCUUUAGUUAUCGACUACAGCAUUGCCUAUUUCUUGAUGGAUCUCCUCCACUACAUUGUCUUCUACCCUCGUGAUGUUAUCUUCAUUGGGCAUCAUUCAGCCACCCUCUUCGUCUUCCUCACGUGCCGUCACCUGGUCUUCCAUGGCGCAUGUGCAAUUCUUUCUCUAUUGAUUCUGGCGGAGGUCACCAGCGCUUGUCAGAACGCCUGGACGCUGGCGAGUGAGAGGAGGUACGACAAUGAAUUCGCUGCAAAAGUAUAUGAUUUCUUGUCUCCUUAUUUCUAUGCGUUUUACACGGUGGUUAGGGGGUUUUUAGCCCCCUUGUUUGUGUCCCGAAUGGGUGCCUUUUAUGCAAGUGGUGGAGCUGAUACUGUUAUUCCUAAGUGGGUUUGGAUUUCUUGGCUCCUGGUUGUUAUAAUGGCCAUUUCUGUUAGCAUUUUGUGGGUUUCAAAUUUGUGCCUCCAAUUGUAUGGAGAGAGAAAGGGUAAACUACAGAAGAAGAAAAAUUGAUGAGAUUUUGUUCUCUUGUUAUUGUAACAAGUGAGAUACAAUGUAAUAAACCAUGAACCAUUCCGAUAAGCAAAAUCAAAUUAUAUGGUAGAA